CUCAACUCACAUUUCAAACCAGUCGGCUUGCAUUCGCAACAUUGUAAUAUCAGCACUCCAAAAACUGGAUUACUCCCAGAGACGAGGGUCAGAUUGAAUUUCUCAUACAGCAAAGCAACCAACCCAUUGGGAAAAGGGAGAUUGAAUUGAAUUUCAGAAAAUUAUAGUCAACAAACAUUGCUACUUGGAUUCUUCAUACACCUUUCUGGAAAAAACAAGCACACAAGUCCAGGGAUAACACCUGUUCACCAAAGCUUAGUGCUAUCAUAGUUUUCCCUUGACCGUACCUGUUUGAGAUUUUUUCCAAAAGAUCCACAAUAUUACACCAAACAAUGUUCUGCAAGGGAACAAUAAAAGAGCAGAAAGCAACCAUCCUGUGACCCUCAUAGGAUGUUUACAUUGCACCCUGCAAAAACAAUAGACAUGGUAAUGACUGCUGGAUAAAUAACAGCUGUGCAGCACGGACUAUAGUGACCUAACAGAAUAUGAGGUUUUCAUUUGGGAAAAAAGGACACCUCCCGAUAAGAGUUCUGCAUUGCUGCUUCACUCCUGUGUCAAUUACAAAGAUGGAGAAACACUUGGUGCCUUCUCUUUUGUUACUUAGUUCUGUUGCUAAGCUGUUUGUUUUCGCCAACGCUGAUGCGAACGAAACUCAACAUUCCCCGCAGCAUGUCUACAGUGAGCUUGGAGUCACCAGAAAUAAAAUAGUGACAGCGCAGUUUGAAUGUUACCAGAAAAUUAUGAAAGACACAGAUUAUAACAAAAAAGGUCCGUUGUGUAACAGGACUUGGGAUGGGUGGCUUUGCUGGGAUGACACUCCUGCAGGAAUGACAUCAGUACAGCGUUGUCCUGACUAUUUCCAAGACUUUGAUCCUUCAGAAAAAGUAACAAAGAUCUGUGAUGAAAACGGAAACUGGUUUUCACAUCCUGAGAGCAAUAGGACAUGGACAAACUACACAAGAUGCACUGCGAACACCCCGCAGAAAGUGAAGACUGCGCUGAAUCAGUAUUACCUGACAAUAAUCGGACAUGGAUUAUCUAUAGCGUCUUUGCUUAUUUCUCUGGGGAUAUUCUUUUAUUAUAAGAGUUUAAGUUGCCAAAGGAUAACUCUGCAUAAAAAUCUGUUCUUCUCAUUUGUUUCGAAUUCCAUCAUCACUAUCAUUUGGUUGACAGCAGUGGCAAACAACCAGCCUUUGGUUGCAAGAAAUCCAGUCAGCUGUAAAGUAUCCCAAUUUAUUCACCUCUACUUGAUGGGCUGCAACUACUUUUGGAUGCUGUGUGAAGGGAUAUAUCUCCAUACACUCAUUGUAGUGGCAGUGUUUGCAGAGAAACAGCACUUGCUGUGGUAUUAUCUUCUUGGAUGGGGCUUUCCACUGAUACCUGCCUCUAUUCACGCAAUAGCCCGCAGUUUAUAUUAUAACGAUAAUUGCUGGAUCAGUUCUGAAACACAUCUGCUGUACAUUAUCCAUGGGCCCAUUUGUGCUGCUCUACUGGUGAAUCUGUUUUUCCUGCUCAACAUUGUUCGUGUUCUUAUCACCAAGUUAAAAGUGACACAUCAGGCUGAGUCCAGUCUCUAUAUGAAGGCUGUUAGAGCCACUCUUAUUCUCGUGCCGCUGCUCGGGAUUCAGUUUGUUCUGUUCCCAUGGAAACCACAGGGUCGCAUUGCAGAAGAAUUGUAUGAUUAUGUGAUGAAUAUCAUUAUGCAUUAUCAGGGCCUGCUAGUGGCUACAAUUUUCUGUUUUUUUAAUGGCGAGGUGCAAGCUGUCCUGAGGAGGCACUGGAAUCAGUACCGCAUCCAGUUUGGGAACAGCUUCUCCCACACAGACACCCUGCGGUCAGCCUCCUACACAGUGUCCUCUAUCACUGAGGUCCAGGGCAGCAUGUACAGCAGUGACUGCCAUUCAGAGCACCUGAACGGAAAAGGAUCCCAUGACAUCGAUACCAUCACUUUAAAAUCAGAAAAUACCUACGCCUGAGCCGGGAGGCAGUCAUUGACCAUCACAGUUACGAUUGUUGGAGACCGGAGUUCAGAGUCGCUAUUCCCCUAGAUAACCCAUGGAACAACCUGGGAGUCAUCCUUUAUACCUGAGCUCAAAUGCUUUUAUCUUUUUGUAUUUAUAACUCAUUACUUUCUACUGUGUAGAUAAGAUUGGCCCUCAAUAUUUUAAAGGGACUAUUGCACAGGUCCCUGAUGAACUGGCACAAUGAUUUAUGUGUUGAAUACAGAGUGUUGAAUGAUGCAUCACUGCUUUUCUCUUCAAGGACGUGUAAAUAUCGUUACAUCUGUCUUAAUGCAAAAUGCGCCUCUUAUCUUGCAAGGCAUUGAGGUGGGUGCAGUAUUGUACAGACAGCCAUUCCUAAUUUAAAUAGCCUGUUGUAUUUUUCAUUUUGUGCCAAAAACGUGAGUAAGCCUACGUGAAGUGCUUUGUGACAUAUAUUACAUGGUUGUCAUGAGUUGUAUGUAAUGGACUCCACAAUGGUAUGGGGAAGAAAAUGACAAGGAAUGACUGCAGAACCGUUCCAUAAGACUACCUGUAGUCCAAUUGGAUCUGGGCUUCUGCACUUAAACAGCCCAGGAUGUCAUCAGUAUUAUUUGUAUUAUUAUUUGAUGUGUAUUUUAUUUUUUCAAACACAUACCAUGGUAACUGUCCAUUAUCAUGGUAUAUCUUGGAAUAUAUAUAGUUUGAUUCAGUAUAUUAGCUACGUGUUGAAGGUAACUGAGAUAUGCUUAUUCAUAUAAUCAAUUGUCAUUAUUCAAAAUGGGUAGGUUAUGUAACCUAUUAGGCUAAUAUAUAAACUACCUACUGAGAAAAGAUCUAGUAAUUCACUGCUGAUAACUUAUCUGACAUCAAAUUAUGUGACAAUCGAAAAUGCAUUGCCUUACAUGCACAAUAACAGAUAAACUCUUGAUUACGAAAUACAAAGACAAAUUUGUAUUGUAACCAUAUAAAACUAAACUACAACUAACAAGGCACUACUAAAAAAUACAUUUACUGAUCCUAUCUGCAAUUAUUGUUGUUUCUUGUUGGUAUUAUAUAAUUACAUUUAUUUUAUUCCUUUUAGAAAAUGUGUCUUUGUCCCUCAAAAGAGUGUUGGAUUGUCUUUCCACUAAUCCUUCCAGUUUAAUUUUAUUGUGCUGUUAUUUGAAUUAUUGCUGUACACAACAGUAUUGUAGUUACUAGAAAAAAAAUAUACUGAUUACCUCAAAAAAACAAACAAGAAAAGGCCCUUAUCUGCUUUAAUGUUUAAACUGUCAAAUCAACUUGUACUUUCUUCAGACUUGAAUGACCGGUAUAUGCAAAUACUGUUAUUAAAAAAUAAGCUGCUGUGCCAUAGCUUAAUCAUAAUACCAUAUACCAUAAAGCAUUACUGUUAUUACAGCCAUUAUUUAUAAUCAUUUUGAUUGAUUGGUCUAAAUGGACACACGAACAUUGUACAUUAGUUAAAUGGAGAUAAUUAGCUUGACUGCUGACAGACAGCCCUCGUUUUAUCCCCUGCUGUGUUUUUACUGAAUUCUGCUGGAAAUAAAUAAAUAAAUAAAAAGACGUGAAGGACUGCA